AUGUACAUACCCAGAACUACCUGGACAUGGGCCUUCAUGGCGACGACGAUGGUGCAAGCCGCCAUUACACUCGCAAUGGAAUCGUAUAUCUUUGCCAAGUUCCAAGAGAGUCUACGGCCAGACAUUCCGACCAUACCAGACAUGAAAGCCAUCCCGACAUACCUUACACUCUUUAUCUUCGGGUUUCUCUACCAACUGGUACUCGUCUACGACUCCUUGCGACUUAAAAAUACCAUCCAAGUCAUCGGGCUUUGCAUCUAUAAUCUUGGCAUGCUUAUCUAUGCUGCCAUUCAAUACGAUCAGAUCAACAAGGCAAUCCAUACCUUGGAGGGUCUGGACUACGUGGACAAGAAAGCAGAUGUCUGGGAUGACGUGCAUCCAUACCUGCUCGCCGUUCCAUGUAUUAUCGCUUUCUUCUCCGUUGUCAUGUCCUUCGUUGCCUGGAAGCUCUAUGAUGAAUUUGCCUGGACCAUCUAUAAGCACAUCAGCGCAGACCUACGGAUGAAGCAUCGCUUCCUCACAUUUCAGAUCUACAUUGCUCUGCUGAAAUUUGAUUUUUUCUUCUUCCUGGGCUUUACAGUCCAGUUCCUUGUGAUCGUCACCGGCCUGGAAAACGUGGAAAAAUUGAUCACCAUCAUCGCCGUCCCCGUCACGGUCCUCAUUCUCAUCAUGGCAGCAUUCUGGACCCGACGCGAGAACCACUUCGGGAUGGUGUUAACAAUCGUCUGUUUCUUCGGUGGAUUGGCAUAUUUCAUCUUCAAGCUUGCCCGGAUGUACCAAGCCAGUCAUGAACAGAACUACUUACCUGUUCGGAAGACUCUUACCAGCUUCGCGGUAAUCACGAUCACUUUAAUUGUCCUUACGAUCAUCAACGCCUCAGUAUGCAUGGCCAACUUCAACAAGGGACUGAAGCCACAUAUUCAAAAGCGCAAAAUCGCCGAUGUUGAGGAGAAGGUCACCAAGAUGACUGAGCUGCCGGAUCUCAAGAAUGGGCCAGUAACGACUCGGAUGGAAAUAGACUAA